UUCGCAGACAGUGUUGCGUUUUCGCUGGAAGCGCGUGUAAGGUUAAUUUACUCGUUCGCCGUUAACGAAGCAAGACGUGGUAACGCGGCACUAUUGUUUGUGAGUGAACGUGUUAUGUUUUAAGAGAAGUCUGUGUGAUAAUGACUUCUAAGAAAACAUUUGGAAAUAGAAGAUUUUAUUCUUUGCCGGAAGAAUAUCCGUUGCGUGCUAGAAAGAUUAGCUCCACCACCCCACCAAAGAAAACUGAAGAGACAUCGAAGUUAAUAAAAUACAUCGAUGAAAAUGUUAUUGGGAAGAAUACGACGUUUGCUGGGCCCUACGGACGAAGAAAAGUUGUCUACUGUGAUUAUGCAGCAUCAGGCAGAUCUCUGCAGUUCAUUGAGGACUACAUAAUGCGAGAAGUCCUCCCCUGCUAUGGAAACACACAUACGACUACAAGUAUAACCUCUCUUCAGACCACACUUUACAGGCAUGAAGCAAGAGACAUUUUCCGGAAUGCUGUGCAUGCUUCUGAACAUGAUGCAGUCAUAUUUGCAGGUUCAGGUUGCACAGGGGCCGUACACAAAUUAAUCCAUGCACUCAACUUGCCUGAGCCUCCAGUUGUAUUUGUAGGGCCAUGCGAGCACCAUUCCAACCUGUUGCCUUGGAGGGAGAUUGGCUCAAAGAUAGUACGAAUCAGAGAAACUAAAGAAGGCCACCUUGACCUUGUAGAUCUAGAACAGCAGUUGCAAGCACACCAUGGUCUUGGGCCAAAGCUCAUUGGAUGCUUUUCUGCAGCAUCCAAUGUUACAGGUGUCCUUGCUGAUGAUAUCGCCACAACUCUUCUAUUACAUCAGUAUGGUGCUCUUGCAUUUUGGGAUUAUGCUUCUGCAGCUCCUUAUGUUAAACUUGACAUGAACCCCAUUUUGCCUGGUGUCGAUGAGACUGCCGUCCACAAAGAUGCUAUGUUCUUUUCUGUCCACAAAUUUGUUGGAGGUGUUCAGUCACCAGGUGUACUGGUGGCUAAAAAAGUUCUUUUCAACAAUCCUGUACCUAAUGGCUGUGGAGGUGGCACAGUUUUCUUUGUAACUAGAGAUGGCCAUCGAUACUUACAGGAUACAGAGCUCAGAGAAGAAGGUGGCACAGCUGCUGUUGUAGAAUCAGUGAGAGCUGGCCUUUCCAUGCAGCUGAAGGAAGCAGUUGGGACGCAAGCUAUAAUGGCAAGGGAGCACAAAAUUACCAGGAUGGUGCUGGCCCACAUGCGAACAAUUCCAGAACUCAUUCUUCUUGGUCCUCGUUGCCAGUCUUCAAAAAGGCUGCCAAUAUUUUCAUUUAUGGUGAGACACCCAAGAGGUGUCUUCCUCCAUCACAACUUUGUAUGUACAGUUUUGAAUGAUGUCUUCGGUAUCCAGGCAAGAGGUGGAUGUGCAUGUGCUGGUCCAUAUGCUCAGGAUCUGCUAGGAAUUCCUGAAGAAUUAGCUCAGGAGUAUGAAGAAGUACUGCUUGAAGAUCGGCGACUUGACCGCACUCAUUUACGCCGCCAUGAAGAGCACUCGAGCUUUGAAAUGUUGCGUCCUGGUUUUGCUCGUAUCUCAUUGCCAUUUUUUAUGGCUGAUCAAGAGGUGGCUUUUGUUUUGGAGGCUAUAAAAAUGGUUGCUACAGAAGGAUGGAAGCUUCUGCCUCAAUACAUACUAAACCCUGAGACGGGAGAAUGGAGACAUCAUACAAAUACGGUGUUUCGCGAGAGAAAAUGGCUUGGCCAUAUAAGAUACACUGAUGGCAAAAUGACUGUAAGUGAAAGACGUAUCUCUUGCCUCGGUACGUUCCCUCAGGAUUAUGCUGACUGCCUCCAUACAGCUCGCAAUAUAUUCAACAAGGCUAGAAAGAUGGCUCAGAGGUACCCACUUGCUGAUCAGUGUGUGAUGUUUGAUGAACACACAGAAAAGUUGCGGUGGUUUAUGCUACCAAGUGAAGCACAGGAUUUGCUACUGGGACACUCACGUCGGGUUAAGCACCACGUUCCAUUUGAACCAGCUAUAUAUGGAGGUUCCCGGGGGUCACCAGUGCCUCCCCCAGUUGCUGAAGAAUCAUCCCUUCCUCCUUCCCCUGAAGCACUUCCUCGUCACGGGAGCCUUCCAUGCAUAGCUCCACGGCUGUCGGGUGGCCGUCCAAUCUCACCAGCAGUGCCAUCUCACAGGGGUGAACAUGGGCGAGCCAGGUGCUACAGUUUAGGCUCUGGUUCAAUACCUCCACCACUUAGCCCCGAGACUGCAGCAGUUCUGGGCUGCAUGGUAGGCCAGCGCUCCUGUGGCAGUCAGACUGACCUCACCGACAGGCCACCAUAUGUGGGCAGCCCGCUGCAUGUUGUCACUUCUACACCAGACAUGGUUGGUGCUCUAGGCUCCCCUCACAGUCCUGAGGACAUUCGUGCAUAUGUGCAGGAAGUAACACAGUCUCUCGCCACCGAAAUAAAGUCGGAGAUUCGGGAAGUGAUCUCAAAAGUGGACGUAUUACUGUCAGACAGUGAGGGAAAUGGCUACAGUUCUUCUUGUGACACUCCACCACCGACAAGGUCUUCAUCCUUGAAGCAGUCACAGCAGACGCCUCGAAAGGCUCCUGCAUCACCAACACCACAGACACCUCCUCCACAACAGCAGACACCAGUCCAGCAAUUACCGGUAAAACAGCCACAGUCUCAGGAGGUACCACUCCAGAAGUCAACAUCUGAGGUGGCACAAAUCCAACAGCAAUUGCCACAAGAGGUGCAAAUCCAACAGCCACUGCCUCAGGGGGCAAAAACCCAAACAAUACAACCUCAGGAGGCACAAGUACAACAGCCAAUGCCGCAGGGGGCAGAAUUCCAACAGCCUCUGUCUCAGGAGGAACAGUUCCAACAGCCUCCACUCCAGCUGCCACCAACACAACAGCAGCCACUUCAAAUAUCACCACCACAGCAAUUACUACUUCAGCAAUCACCACUACAACAAGUAUUCCCUCAGCAGCCACCACCGGCACAGCAGCAACAAUCACUUCAGUCAUCACCACCACAUCAACUAUUACUUCAGCAGUCACCUCCCCAGCAGCUGUUACUUCAGCAGUCACCUCCCCAGCAGCUAUUACUUCAGCAGUCACCUCCCCAGCAGCUGUUACUUCAGCAGUCACCUCCACACCAGUUACUACUUCAGCAGUCCCCCGUACAGCAGCCUUUACUGCAGCAGACAUCACCGCAGCAGCUGUUACUGCAACACUCGCCACCACAGCAAAUGCUAGUCCAACAGUCUCCACAGCAGAUAACACCACCCCAGAUGCCUGGAGAAACUCUAACAACUACUCUAAUACAGUCACAAGGUGUACCUGCAGACAAUGUUGCUUUCUUAACAACUGCCGAUGUGGCUGACUACAUAAAGGAAAUGACUGCUGAAAUGACUAGUGAGGUCAAAUCUGAAAUCAGAGAUAUGGUGUCUCAGGUGGACGAGUUGUUAGCAGACAAUACUGAGGGAAGAAUCUCGGAUGCUUCAACAUCACCCUCCUCAGCCAACGGCUCACUAUUAUCUCCUCAACAGACUGAACAGAAAAAUAUCACUGGGCCCCUGGCCCCUGUAUCGGAGAGUGAUACUUCAACAUCUCCUGAUGAGCCGCCAUCCAGCAGCAUCCAAACGAUCAGCGAACCAAUGUCAGAGUCCAUAAGUGAGCAGGACUCUACCUGUAACCCCGAAAGUAUUUCCCAGAAGGUGGCAGCUGACCAAAAACUUGAAUUACACGAAUCGGCAGGUGCCACAGCGGAAUCAUCUGGGACUGCUCCCCAGUCGAGUGAAUGUUCGAGUGAUGAAACGGUCAUACAUGUACUCCGAGGUGAAACCCAGUCACAAGAUUCUGGCAUCAAUCUUACAUCACACGAGUCUGACUCAGGUUCCCCAGUGCCAAGUACGGGGUCUUUCUCUGGUGGCAUGGUAGCGGAAGCAUGCCGAGCUGCAGCUGCUGAGAGACAGCGUGAAGCUGUAGAAGCUGCCUCGGGGAUCCUAGGAGGACCACCAGUCGCUCGCUGGCACUGUCCUCCAAAGUCCAUCUGGAAGCCUGCUGUGGAGGCUCUGCAGGAGUUUGACAUGGUGCGUGAUGGAGACCGUGUGAUGGUGUGCCUCUCUGGUGGCAAGGAUUCUCUCAGCCUCUUACACACACUCCACCAAUAUCAGUUCUAUGCAAAGGCUAAGGGUGUGAAUUUUACACUUGGUGCUGCAACUGUUGAUCCAGGUAGCCCUGCUUAUGAUCCAAGGCCUCUCAUACCUUACCUGGAGGCCUUAGGAGUGCAUUAUCUUUAUGAAGAGCAGAAAAUACUAGAUCAGGCAGCCAUGCUGGAUAAAUGUACAUCAGUGUGCAGCUUUUGCAGCAGAAUGAAACGUGGUCGACUGUAUGCUGCUGCUCGUAUGAAUGGGUACAAUGUUCUUGCUCUUGGGCAGCAUCUAGAUGACAUUACAGAGAGUUUUCUCAUGUCUGUGUUUCACAAUGGGAGGCUGCGUACUAUGAAGGCACAUUACUGGAUAAGAGAACGUGAUCUCAGAGUUAUCAGACCAUUCAUUUAUGUGCGAGAGAAGUCCUUGAGACAGUUUGCUGAGUCUAGAAACCUACCUAUAAUACCUGAAAAUUGCCCAGCUUGUUUUGAAGCACCAAAAGAACGGCACCGCAGCAAGCAGUUGUUAGCCCAACAAGAAAUACUGUUUCCAAAGCUAUUCUGGAGCUUACGUUCUGCACUGCAUCCACUCAUCAGCUUUCGACAAACGGGAGAAGAAAGUAAAGCUUAUGCUCGACAUCGUAAACAUAGCUCCAAUAUGAUGGAACGAGCGCAAGACUCAUCAGAAAGUGAAGAGGAAGCUGUUCCUUGAAAUUGUUAAUUCAGCUUGUUGAGAUGUCUACAGACUGUGGAAUUGUCAGAGAUUCUAUAUGACUGCAACUGAUGACAGCAGUUUAAGAGAUAUUUGUACUGAGGAGGGAGAAAUAUAAACAUUCUCUCUUUUUAUCCUGUUUAUUCAGCUGCCUGUUAUGGAUUGUGCUGACAGCUGCAUAAACAGUACAUAUUUUAUUUAUAUUUUCAUUUCAUCUCUGUGAGAUGAGUGUGUAAGUGUUGUAGACUGCUGACUUGUCUGAUUUGUCAAUUGUGUAUUGUGUGUGUCAUUGAAUGCUGUGAUAAGUGAAGCAGUUCUCCAAGAGGUGUGUCAUGUUAAUUUGUGAAAUAAUUGUGCUUGUACGAAAAUUUGCUUUAAAAUAUUGUAUACCUGAUAACUUCUGGAAAGUUUCAGGCUGACAAGUGUCCCCAUGCUUUUUCCCCUAAUCAGUGCACAGAUGGUGGGGCUACUGAAUGCUAUAGUUUCAAGUAUUUGAUAGUUUCAAGUAUUGCAGUUAACACUGACAAGCCAUUCUUAGUAUUUUCACUGUGAUACAGUAACAAAAUCAAGCAUUUACCCAAUGUGCUUGAACCCCAAACCACCUUAAAAGUCAUCCAAGUUUCUAUUACAGUACAGAGUCACUGGUCACGUUUAUUUUUUGAUUAAAUGGUGGUACAUCUAUGAAUUUAAUGUAAGAUGUUAAACAAAGUGUGUUUGAGAAAGGCCAAUAGAAAUGACAAAAUAUCUCCUUGCAAAAAGAACAAUAGAAGAUACUUUUACAAGACAUUUAUUGACAUUUGAAAUUGCCAGAGAAAACCAGCAAAAACUGACUUUUUUCAUCCAUUUGCAGAGUUUUGGAAUAGUUCAUUCCAGUGUACACAGUAACAUUCCCACUUCUUAAAUGCUCAUAUACUUAUUAGGUGGGAAUUUAGGUUGUACCAAUGAAGAAGAAAAAUCUGCAAUGAUCACAGUAUUUGAUAGUUAAUUUAGUACAAAAUGAACUAAUUAUUGUGAAUUUUAACUGCUGUUUGCAGAUCAUAAGGAAGAAAGUGUAACACUUUCUACUACCUCAAAUUCUGAAUUAUAUCCACCAUGCGUCUAUGAUGUAUUGAAUGACUGUUGAUAUAUGGUUACAGAUGUAUUAAUGGUUAGUAUUUGAUUACUUCAGCUUGAUAUGACAUCAAAUUCACUGUUUGGUACCUGAAUCUUUUAAUGAAACAAAUAAACACCUUGGUGAUUUCUGUGUUGUAGUAGAAACCAGAUAAGUACUGUGUAUAUAUUUAUACAGUACUCCAAUGAAAGUUUUGCUGUUUUAACAAAUUAUGGCAAAAAUCAAAUAUAUUUAAUCGAUCCACAUACAUGUAGAAUUAUGAAAUAUGUGAUUUCAACGACAUUCCAUACUUAAUUUGUCCUUUUCUUGUUUUAUCAUGUGACUGAACUGCUAAUCAUGUUCCUUCCAUUAACAGUGUUCCAAAAUGUGCUGAACUUAAAUUGCUUAGAAGUAAAAUACUGAAGAUACUCCCAAUAUCAUUUCCAUUUGUGUUAAGCUAUUCUUCUGUCAUUUAACGUCUGUGCAAAACUGAAUGUGGUUGGAACAUAUGGGAUUGUAUUGUUUUUUCUGCAGAAAGGAUGGAGGAAAAUGGAAACAGUUUUUAAAAUUUGCUCAAAAUGUGUGUCAUCACAUGUUAAUUCUGCAGAAUCCUUAAAUAUUCUGGUGGAAUAGGGGACCAGAAAGUAUUUAGUAAAUACAAGAACAGAUCUAAGGUAGUUGAAUAUAAAAGUCAUCUGUCCACUCCUUAUCUGUAACUGAAAUGAUUACGUUCAAAGAAAACUAUGUGCAAGUGUCUAUAUUUUUGUCUUUGAGAAAAUCCAUCCAGCAUCUGUGCCUGUAGAUCAAAGGUUUCACUCCUCCAUGCAGCCAUUUUAUGUCUCCUGGUCCUUGAUUAGCUUUCUAGGCCUAAUUAAUGUGCUAAUCUAUCCCUAAUGGUAUGAGAGUAUGCUGAAUUUGCCUGAAAAGUUUAUAAAUGUGUAACUGCAGUUCAUCAUAUUUAUACAAUGUGUAUCUGAGGCAUAGGUAACCAAACCAUUGUUAUCCAUAUAGAUGGGACUAAAAACUUCAAGGUGGAAACCUUUACCAUAGUGCUCCAGAAAUGUUAAAAGUCUACAUUCCACAAGUAGAUUAUUGAUUCUGGGCCCAGUCUCACAUCAUAUUUAUAUUGUCAGUCCAGCACAAUCCUCAGCAAGUUAGAGGUUGAAAGCACAAUUUUAAUUGCUUGGCUGGUUGAUAAGGAAGAUGUACCAUGUCACCUUCUGUGAGGUCUCUCUUAUCUCAUUGCUAAAUGAGAAAGUUAAUAUUUAUUCAGUUAUGUCUGCAGAGUUACAGUUUGGUAGAGCUGUGCAUUUUAUUGGAAUGUAAUAGGUCUUCCAACAUCCCAACACAAUUUUUACUAAAACAUAUAAUCAGGUGUAAUUAUUGUUUGGUGAAAGAGUUACACUCAGUGUAAGUAAGUUUAUAAUGUGCAGCAACUUGGGCUAAGCUGUUUAUUGUUGUGCAUUUGUCUUUCUUUGCUGACAAAACUACUUUACACUCAUUCAAAUGUUUAAGCUCUAUUACAAAAUAUAUUGUGACAAAAAUGUGUGAACCUGAUUUACUUGUUUAAAAACAUUAGUGAAACUGGCUAUAUUUUAUUAUGUUUCACAGUUUGAUGUGUUACUACUGUCCUGUCAUAACACCCCCCCCCCCCCCCUCCCCACACACACACACACUUUCUCCAUCCCUUCCCACAGAGUCAAAUUGAUUUCUGCCAUUACCUGCAUUUCUGUUACCCAAAUUAUUUUUACUUGCUUAAAGCUCCACAGUUUCACUUGGAGGGUAAUUUAAUGUUUGAGUGUGCAGGAAACAACAUGCUGCAAACCGAAUGCAGAUAAUAAAGUGUUAUUUAUAUGCAUAAUUGUAUGCAAGAAUGAAGACAGAAAAGAAGACUAUGAUUUACAAUAGUUCCUGGAUAAUGAAUCACAUCACAUAUACUGAUUUUGUAGCAAAUUAUGUGAAUGCUUGGUACACUAAGUUUUAUGUUAAAAAUUAUGGAUUAUCUUAUCCAAAUGCAGUCAUCUUUCUCUUUUUUGUGGUUGUUUGGACAUGUUUCUCAGGUCCUGUGGCUUCAUCUGCAUGUUUCUUUAUCUGUCUUGUAAAUAAUUGUGAUUUUCAAUUUUAUAACAUUUUCUGCUGUAGAAUUGUUUUCCAGAAAUGUUUUCCAGAUUUUAUACUUAAACAGUUCCAUCUGCACCACACCAUUUGCAAGCUUGAAGCUUCAUAAUGAAAUGUGUUCCAACAUGUGACACAGGAAGUGUAGCCAUAUCAUUUUAUGAUUCCUAAAAGUGAAUAAUAGUAGUACUGUACUAUGAAAAGUCCAGGAUGGAAUAACAACAGUAUGAAUUGGAUAUAUUGUUAAUACCACACAGAGGAGGUGUUGAGUUACAGAAAGACACAAAGAGAAAGAAUACAAGAAAUAUUUAAGCCUUCAGACAGAGUCCUUCCUCAGAAGUGGAACUCUCACACAUUCAUACAACAACAACAUUACACAUGCACAUGGCUACUGUCUCUGGGUGUAAGACACAAUCUAGGCUUAGAGCCUGGAGACAGUGGCUAGGUGCUUUAUCAGUAGAAUUGUUUUUUGAAGGGGGUCUACCUUGAACAAGACACCAUUUUGUCUUUUCUUUUAUUUCCAGUACAUGGUUCGCUAAAGUUACAGCAUCAGCAGUAAGAUUUUAUUUUCUUACUUCUUACUACAUGUUGUGGUUUUCGGGGUUUGUAUGUUUUUUAGUAGUGCUUUUCUGUUACAGUCUGACAUGUUUUCUGGUUUCUCCAUUUUCUUCACUGUGAAUAUCUGCACUACUGAACUUGCACUAUCACUGAUUACAAACUUCAGUUUGUAAACAGUGACAGUGAAAGUUCAAUAGUGCAGUUUGUAAACAGUGAUAGCAAAAGUUCAGUAGUGCAUGUCUUCACAGUGAAGGAAAUGGAGAAACCAGAAAACAUGACAGACUGUGGAAGAAAAGCACUAUAAAGAACAUAAAAACUCAGGAAAACUAUGGAAUGUGGAAACAAGUAAGAAAAUAAAAGCCCACUGAUCAUGCUAAAACUGCAACAAAACAUAUGAGAAAUAAAAGAAAAGACAACAUUGUGUUUUGCUCAAGACAGACCCCUCCAAAAACGAAUUUAUUUUCAGUUUUCUUUCUCUUUGUACCAGUCUGGGACUUAGCACCUCCUCUGUGUGGUGACCAGCACUCUAUUCUUUCUGUAGUUUUAUUGAAAGUAAUACUGUCCUAAAAUAGUGUAACAAUUCUAAAUGAUAAUGGCAAGAACACCUUCAACAGGAAAUGUUUGGACACAUUUCAUAGAAAGUGUAUUUCUUUGGAGAUAGUAUGCAAUAGAAUAUAUAUAUGGCUGUAUUGUAAAAUGCAAAUGUAAGAAGGGAUAAUCUAAUUGAUCUGAGAAUGAAUAAAUGUCUUAAGAAUUAACAAGAAAACACUUUGAUGAUGCUACAGUAGUGGUGAGGCAUAUCUAGGCAACUAAUACAAAUAAAAAUGCAGUUUUUUUGCUAAGCACAUCAUUGUAUUUGAGUUUUUAUAUUAUUACAUGCAAACAAAGCAACAAUUUAGAAUUUUGCGGGUAUUAUGGACUUGGGUUUCUAAACCAUGUUACAUCAGAUGAUGACAUAGUGCAAAGUAUUGUCUUGAAAAAUACAGUGUUUGGUUUACAUUGUAAUGUAAUUUGUUAUAGCUGUUACUGCUAACACUUUUAGCACUGAUAUUUAAUGUGGUGUGCAUUAUUGGUAAACCUAAGACAAAAUGUGUACCUGUACAUCUCAGGCAACUGAAGAAAGGUGGUUCUAGCUCUUGUUGUCAGUCAGUCUAAAAUAAAUUAAUGAAUAUUAUCAAUCACUGGCUUUUCAUCCUGUGUGCUGAUUAUGCCAGUAUUGGUGACAGAUUGUCUAUUUUUUUUAAGUGUUAAAUUUGUAGUUUUAUGUUCAAGAGCAUGAACUGUUAAGCAAUUUAAAUGAGUGUUGAACAUGAAUAGGAAAUAAUGUAAGAGUGUCUUUAAUCAUCAGUGUUGAAGCUUCCAGUUAGAAAAUUUAUGAGCUGUUCAAGAAUUGGCAUGAUAGCAUUAUAUGUAUAUGAAAUAGAUGCCAUUUAUUUCGUGAAUAGUAUGAUUAAACAAAUUUAUGUGGUUGCAUAACCUCAACUGUGGGUAUAUGCUGCCUUGUUGUUGUUUUGUGUAUUAUGAUUCCAAGCAAGAAUGUAGGUUGUUUUUGAUUUUUUUGUCAAUAAUAGUUUUACAUAAAUAUUUCUGAUAAUAUGGCAGCUUAUGUUGUGUAUCUCCAUCCACAUAAAAUAACUAUUCUGUUAUUUCAUUUUCGAUUUCUGAAUGUGAGAAUUGCUCUCGUUGCCUGAUGCUCAGUAUGCAUGACAUUUCCUGGUAUUUUGAUUUCCUUUUUGAGGUCUUUGUCUGUGGAGUGUUGUGUCAAGGAUUUAAAAUUGUUCAAAAACCAUUUUGUAACCAACGCUUUUACAUGUGUGAAUUAUAUCAAUGAUUAAAGAGAUAUGGUUUUAGUUUCUUAUAUAAAGAACAAAACUUUUGCUAUUGUAUUCUUUAAGCAUACACUACAUAAUGUCUAGCAAGGUUGCAUUGUGUUGUAGAGCUUAAGAGAGAAUGAAGAUGAAGCUGUUUAAACAUA